CUCGAUGACCAAAAUCCACUAGAGGUAUGUAGGAGUAUUCUUAUUUGCGUCCCUCGCUUUGAACGACUUCACGAGUCACGGACGUCUUUACUAGUGGUUUUGCCACUGUAUAAUUUCUUCUGCCUCAGCCAGUACGGACCCCAAAAAACUUUGUUCAUAUUGACUGGGAUACACAAAUAUGUCGAACGGAGGAGUUGACAUCCUGACCAAGACGCCUAAACGCUAUGUUCCUCUUCACGAGAGAGAUGCAGGUGCUGCAUGCCUGAAGUGUGGACCAGAAGGAUGUGAGGGAGGACUUGAUCUGCAUUUCUGGAGAAAGAUCUGCAAGACGUGUAAAUGCAAACCACAAGACCAUGACAUCAAGAGUUCAGAAGAAGAAGCACACAGGAUGGUGGUGGGGAGUUUGUUCAACAGAGAUUCAACUAUCAGCCAUGUCAGGGAUUACUUUGACAAACUAGACAGAGCAGAUAAACAAGUCAAGACAGAAUAUGUCAAGAAGUUCUCCUGGGUUCCACCAGGACUCAACCAGGCUACGUUGGUCAAGUACAUGGAUUCACUUCCUCCUGAAAGACGACCAAUGGUUGGUAGUGAGGGUGCCAAGUACCGUCGUCAACAGAUGGUCUAUCAGCUCCCGAUCCAUGACCAUGACGAGAACUACUGUGACAAUCUGACAGAUGCAGAGAGAGAGAAAAUGAGAGAGUUUUGUAAGAUGCGUAAUGACAAAUCUCUGGGUGUUGGUGAUAUCAGAGAGAAAACUGUGGGAACACCAAAAUGGGAAUGUCAUCGUUGUGGUAAAGGCAUGGCAAAUGGUGAGAUUGCAGUGUUUGCUUCCCGUGCAGGGGAAGAGAAGUGCUGGCAUCCUGGUUGCUUCGUUUGUUGCAUGUGCAAUAACCUUUUGGUAGACUUGAUCUACUUCUACAAGGAAGGCAAUAUCUACUGCGGCAGGCAUUAUGCUGAGCAGUUCAAGCCAAGAUGUGCUGCUUGUGAUGAGUUGAUCUUCUCUGAACAGUACACACAAGCUGAGGACCGCAACUGGCAUCAACGCCAUUUCUGCUGCCUGGAGUGUGACAAGGAUUUAGGUGGCAUGUUGUAUGUCGCUAAGAAUGGCCAACCCCACUGCUUGGAAUGCUAUGACAAAUUCUAUGCCAAAUCAUGCAACACAUGCAGAAAGAAAAUUGCUGCUGAUGGGCAGAGAAUUGAGCACGAUGGUGUAUUCUGGCAUGCUGAUGAAGCAUGCUUCAACUGCGCUUACUGCAGGCGCAACUUACUGGGUCAACAGUUCCUGAAGGCCAGAGAUAAUGUGUUUUGCUCCGUAGAUUGUGCUAAAUCACACAUGAAUCUCCCUUAGUUGCUACUAGUUUGGACCUUUCUCUAAUUUGCUUCUUUGAUGGGGUCACCUUAAAACCGGGUUAAUACCUGAGGAUACACUUAAGAUCAUGGUUUUAGAUGCAAGCAAGCUAGGGAGAGGUGUAUUAUCUUAGACAUGGCAAGUUAAGAAGCUAGGAAUUUAUUCAAUUGAUUGACUAAGCUCUUCUCUUUUUAUCAAAUCAAACACGUUAGUUUUUUUAGACUGAUUACAGAGUUAUAGUUUCAUGUUGUACUGUUUUGUAUUUUAUGCAUACAUAAGAGUUUAAUAAUAGAAUAUACUUUUGACCAGGAAAACAAUUUUUAAGAAUAGUUAUCUUUAUUAUAGUACUGUUCAAUCAACACUUCUCUGUGACUGUAUUUCGUUUUAAAUUAAGUUUAGUUUUACGGCAGAAAUGAGAAAACUUGUGUUUUCUUUAUAAUUGAAAUCAGUUGUGAACUCUUGAUUACCAUUAUAUUUUCCUAACUUCUUUUUAACAAUGAUCUAUAAAAUGUGAAUAGCUUGUUACUUGUUUUACACCAUAGCAUGAAUUGACAGAAUCGGAAAACCUGGACAAAUCAUAGAACAGUAAUACAGUAAUUUAUGUUACGAAUUAAAUUGUGUUAGCAAUAAACAAUAUUGGAACUAGA